CCCCUGUACUUUUUCCACCUUCGCACACACCAAGAAAUAUCAUGGCCGACAACCAAUCUGCUGUCCUUGAGGAAAUCAAGAAGAACAUUCAGUCUCUUCAAGAAAAGUUUGAGGCUCUUGAGAAGAAGGUCAACCAGGGCAUGCCCAAGGAGCAGCUCCGUAUGAUUCUUAUGGGUCCUCCUGGCGCUGGUAAGGGCACUCAGGCUCCUGCUAUCAAGGAGAAGUUCUGUGCUUGUCACUUGGCUACCGGUGAUAUGCUCCGAGCGGCUGUGGCGGCCAAGACCCCUCUUGGUCUUGAAGCCAAGAAGGUCAUGGAUGAAGGUGGUCUUGUGUCCGAUGAAAUCGUCGUUGGUAUGAUUGAAGAGAACCUUGACAACAACCAAGAGUGCAAGAACGGUUUCAUCCUUGAUGGUUUCCCUCGUACCGUUGUCCAAGCCGAGAAGUUGGAUCAAAUGUUGGAAAAGAGAAAGAAGCCCUUGAACUCGGUGGUUGAGUUGGUCAUUGAUGAUAACUUGCUCGUCUCCCGUAUCACUGGUCGUUUGAUCCAUCCCUCUUCCGGCCGCACCUACCACAAGGAAUUCAAUCCUCCCAAGACCCCCAUGAAGGACGAUGUUACUGGUGAACCUCUUGUCCAACGUUCCGAUGACAACCCUGAAUCCUUGAAGAAGCGAUUGGAUGCCUUCCACAAGCAGACUGUUCCUGUCGUUGAUUACUACAAGAAGAAGGGUAUCUGGUACGGUGUGGAUGCUGCUCAGUCUCCCAAGACCGUCUGGGCUUCUCUCAGCGCCAUCUUCGACAAGACCCUCUAGAUCAAAAAACCCAUUUGUAUGUUUUGGCUUUUUCCAUACUUUGAAGGCUAUAAUUUUUUCAUGCCCUCCCAUGGCGACAUUUUUUCAGUCGACAACUAUGAAAUCAAUAAAUCUUGUGAAUUAAAAGAUUUG